GUCUGAACCCGUCAUAACUCCACCCAGUCAAAUUCAAAAAUUCCGACAUUGGGUUGUGCUUAAUGGUUAAAACGAACUCUGAACGAUUAACGAUCUCAAUUUUAUUGUAGAUAAAGUAACUUAAUUCGAGUUGUUUUAUUAUUAUUUUAUUUCGUUUAUUAAAUUAAAGUAAUAACUAUUUUCAACAUUUUACCGUUGUGUUUUUUACUGAGUUGUAAAAUGCCGAAUUAACUAUUCCGCCCUAAGAUGUUUAAGUUUGUAUUUUUAUUGUUUAUAAUCGUCAUAAGUACGGACGGUCAAUAUGAAUGGCAACCAAAAGAUGCGGUUGAUGAAAUACGUCUCAGACUAGACAAGAUCAAUGGCGAUAACUGCGGUAUUCAGCCCCUUAGUGAAAUUUACUUACCUGAAGACACCGUAUCACACCUGCCUGACAUCAAGGAUGUUGUUAUUAAUCCAGUGUUUCCUAAUCGUACAGCUCUGUUGCAUCUAAGCAAUAUGGCCCUGAACAGAGGAUUCUUUUUUAGUUAUAUAUCCCAAGCAAGGUUCAUUCGACCGGCCAUCAAUGACACUUAUGAUCCAGGAAUGAUGUAUUUCUUCUUAUCAACAGUUGCCGAUGUAUCAGCUAAUUCACAUAUAAAUGCUAGUUCCAUAUACUUUGCACCUAAUACGUCGUAUUCUCCAUCAUACAGAGGUUUUUUUAAUAAAACCUUUCCAUAUUUUGCCCCAAGAACAUUUAGAGCUGAUGACUUCAACGAUCCUAUUCAUCUUGAAAAAAUUUCAACUUUAAAUACAUUUACAGUUAGAGAUUUGGGAGCUUUUUCUAAUGAGAGUCUUACACAAGAUUAUACUUCUAAGCACUAUGGAAUUAAUGAAUGGUACUCAAAAUGGUUACCUGAUAAUGUUGUUGGUCGUCAUGAUACUAAAACAACUUACCAAGUAGAGAUUAGGUACGCCAAUAAUACAAAUGAAACGCAUACAUUCCAUGGCCCGCCAGGUGCUGAUGACAUUCCCGGUCCUAUAAAAUGGACAAGACCAUACUUUGAUUGUGGCCGAAGUAAUAAGUGGCUGGUGGCAGCUGUUGUACCUAUUGCUGACAUAUAUCCUAGGCACACAGGAUUUAGACAUGUUGAAUAUCCUACUUACACUGCAGUAUCAGUAAUUGAAAUGGAUUUUGAAAGAAUUGAUAUCAAUCAGUGUCCAAUAAGUGCAGGAAAUUCUGGUCCUAAUCGAUUUGCAGAUACAGCACGUUGUAAAAAAGAAACAACUUUGUGUGAACCGCUGGAUGGUUGGGGAUUCAGGCGUGGUGGCUAUCAGUGUCGUUGCCUACCAGGCUAUCGAUUAGAUAAAAAUGUUCGUCGUCCGUUUCUUGGAGAAAUUAUAGAACGCGCAACUUUAGAACAGUACUAUAGUGGUGUAUUUGACUGCAAUCGUAUUGGCUGGCUUCAAAGCAAAAUUGUUUUUCCUAGUCAGUUAGAUCCUUAUCUUAGAGAGCAAUAUUUAGAAAAGAAUUUUGAGUACAAAAAUUACACAUCAGGACUAGGAUCUGUAAAAGACCCUCAAAUAAAUAUACACGAAGUAAUCGGCUCUAUACGUGGAGUUAAUCCUAGUAAUUGUCACGAGUACCGCAAAGAAGACUUAGAAUUGUUGGGCGAUUAUGGUUUUGGUGCAGAUCAACAGUAUUCUAAUGAAGCUAAAAUGGCUGUCCGGCUUGCUAAUUUUAUAAGUGCCUUCUUACAAGUAUCUGAUCCCAAAGAGGUCUAUUCAGGCAAACGUGUUGCCGACAAACCCUUGUCUGAAGAUGAAAUGAUUGGUGAAGCAUUGGCAAUUGUAAUGGCCGAUUUUAAAAUUUGGUCAUCAGGCAUUUUUUGGGAUAAAAACAAAUUUCCUAAUCGUACAUUAUUUGCUCCAUAUGCUUAUAAAACUGUUAACUACGGACGGAAAUUCUUUGUAGAAGAUUUAGCUAGACUAAAUAAGUCUGAUGAAGUAUACACCAAUGCGCCAUGGUUUACUUUUACUAAACAACGAUGGUCUACCAAUUUUGACAAUUUAGAAAAAUAUUAUAUUAAAUUGAAGUUACGUUACGAUGAAGAAGGAAAGCAUUUAAAUAAAUUUGAACAUUAUCCGACUUAUUAUAAAGCUGCAAAUUUGAAACAUGGAUUUUGGUCGUCUCCCUAUUUUGAUUGCCAUGGUAAAACUAAGGACUGGUUCAUUCGUUAUGCUGUUCCAUUCUUUGGCUGGGACAGCCUUAAAGUUAAAUUAGAAUUCAAAGGAGUAGUUGCGGUUACUAUGCCACUUUUAAAUCUCGACAUAAACCAAUGCCCUGCAAAAUUUUACGAACCCAAUGCUUUCAAAGGAACACACAAAUGUGAUAAACGUACUUCAUACUGCAUACCAAUACAAGGUCGUGGUUAUGAUACUGGAGGCUAUAAAUGUGAAUGUAUACAAGGUUAUGAAUUUCCAUUUGAGGAAGAAGAUUUCACUUAUUUCGAUGGUCAAAUGAUGGAAGCUGAAUUUAUGCACAUGUAUCAUAAUAACAAAACCAGAUAUGACACUUUUAAAUGUCGUAUAGCUGGUGCUGCACAACCUUUAAGUAAUAUUGUUUAUGUUCUGACAAUGGUCCUUUUUAGCUUAUUGAUGUGGACUAAAAAUUAAGAGUAGUAAAAAGGUAAUGAAGUGUUCACAAAACUGACAUUAUACGUUAGAUCUGAAAUAACAACUUUUAUUAUUAGGAUUUAUUUUGUAUUAAUAUAUUUUAUAUUAAUGUGUUUUUGGUCUGAACUAUUCACUUUGUAUUCACUAGAUUUGGUAAGAGUAUUUUUUUUAUUUUUAAGAGUUGAUUAUUUUAAGCUGGCACAUUCAAUACAAUUUUAUUUUAAUAUGAACAAUGUCAGGCCAAAUAAUUAAAUUUAUUGUUCAUUAUAAACUUCUCAAAUUGUAUUUCUUUUAACAACUUAAAAAUGAUUAUUAAUCCGUCCAGUAUUUGCAUGAUUAAGUGUAAAAUUAAAUCCGUCCAUUAAAUUGUGAUUUAAUAAUAAAUUAUUUAUUUUAUAAUAAUAUUAAUUUUUAAUGUUUUACAAUUUUCUAUAAAAUAUAUAUUCAUUUUUUUUUUU